UUCGAUAAUAUCGCUUUCAAACGGUUGUUGUACUUCGAAUUGUGAGGAACAUUUCGCUUUUUUUAUUUACCCUUAAAAUAGUUAUGCACAGCGACUAAACGGACCUGUUAAAUUCAGUAGAGUUUUAUAAUCAGUAUUAUCGUUUCUUUUCAUUUCAUUCAUAGGAACUGCACGGAAAACGACAAAGGGUUUAUCUUCAUGUGCGUUGAUAAUCCUUACAUUUUGAACAACGCAUUAAAACGCAUUAUUCAAAUGCAUUUAUCAGAUAUCAAUAUCGAGUGAUUGAUCAUUGGUUUCGUUUUUAUUUGCAGUAUAGUACCACUUGUCAUCUUUCCGUACGCACGGCAGGGUUUGGGUUUAAGCGUAACCGCAAAACAGAGCUAGGCCAUUUUAGUGUCAGUGCUCGGCGACGGCUGUUUACCAUUACUGUGGUCAGGCGGUUCAUACGACCAGUAGUCCUAAUGAAAACGGGCACCGAAUAUUCUUACGGACUAAAAUCCACAUUUGCACAAUGUUUGAUGUUAACGACGACGUACUUGUUCAAUAUUUCCCAAGGAAUAGAUAUCAUGAUUCCCACUGUAAUCGUCGGAUCCAUACGCGAAAAUAACGACAAGUACUUGCCCAACGUGUCAGACGAACAGUUAUCGUGGAUAGCGAGCCUGGUGUACUUGUCUCCGCCUCUGGGAAGUCUGUUCCUUUCGGUGUUUCAGAACUUCUUGGGCCACAGGAUAUGCAUGUUCAUCACCUGUCUGAUUCAAGUGUCGUCCGUGUCGGUGGUGUUUCUGUCGCACGACGUCCAAGCGAUAUACUGGUGCACAAUAUUGAUGGGCCUGAGCACGGGCUUUGCAACCAACCUUAACGGUUCGUACAGCGGUGAAGUGUGCGAACCCAGACUUAGGGGAAUGUUGACCUCGCUGUUGAACGUGUUCUUUUUUAGCGGUUAUCUGUUCGUUAGCGUCGUGUACGCCAUCACUUUGAACUGGAGGUUUUCGUUGUUAAUCACCGUCGCCAUACCGCUAAUGAAUCUCGUGGUCCUGAUCUUUACCGUCGAUUCGCCCAUGUGGUUGUUGUCCAGGGGUAAAGUGGAAAAAGCCAAACGUUCUUUGAGGAAGCUCCGGGGAAACGCGAGCGAGGAGAAAUGCGCUUUCGAGUUCAAAGAAAUGGUCGAAUACGUCUUGAAAAAGAGCGCGGACAAGGUGGAACAUUUAAAAGACGGUUCGCUACAGACCACCGAUUUAAUAAAUGAUCUCGACGACCUGUGGAAGCCACUAACACUCAUGGUGGUGUUCAUAUUUUUCUCCAACAUAAUGUCGGGCGUCCCGUACACGCCUUACCUGCUGUCCAUAUUCAAGAUACUCAAGACUCCGUUCGAUUCGGCGUGGGCGAUGACCGUAUACACAGGAUUUGCCAUUAUCGGUAACGUGUUGACAAUCUUUAUGGUGCACAAGUUCGGCAAACGAUUCCUGGUUUUGUUAUCGUAUUCAGUUUGUUCGAUCAGUUACAUCGGCAUCGGAGUGAUUGGUACUUACGCACCCGUUUGUUUGUUGACCUCUUGGAUCCAAGUCACACUCUUCUAUUUGACUUCGUUUGCUUCGUCGUUAGGCAUCGCGCCAAUCGUAUGGAUACUCAUGUGCGAAGUCUUCCCAAUGAAGAGUAAAUGCAUAGGGUGUGGUAUUAGUGCUUCAACAUAUUUUCUACUGAGUUUCGUCAUGACCAAGUUCUAUACCAAUUUUGAACUGCUGGCCGGUUUCUACAAUACUUUUGUAAUCUUUGGUACAUUAGGUGUUGUGGGACUUAUUUAUUUAUACAAAGAACUACCUGAAACUGAGAACAGGACACUAAAAGAGAUUUCCGAUUUUUUCAAAACGGUACCAGUGAAGUUUUAAAGCUUAUAAAAGUCAAGUAAAUACCAAAUGGUUCUAUGAAAACGUCAACGACUAAUGUAUUAUUUUGUAUUAUUUAAUUAACAGUAAUUUAUGUAACUUUUUUUUUUAACUUGAUUUUGUACGAAUUUUGCAUAAUAUUAUAGACUGACUGUUUAAACAAAAAUUGAUAACGUUGUGUAUAAUACCUAUAUA